UACAAAACCAACAACCGAAACCAAAACGACAGAGAGAGAGAGACAGAGAGGGAGAGAGAGAGUUUGGGCCAUGGAUGAACGGCCAGAAAUGGAGCUGGUCUCAAUCCCAGCCACCCCACGAGCUUCAACGCCCGAGAUCCUGACACCAUCAGGGCAGCGGUCACCACGACCACCGUCCAAUCCAAAAUCAACGGCCUGGACGCCGACAUCUUUGAUAUCGCCGAGGUUCCUGAGUCCCAUAGGGACGCCGAUGAAGAGGGUCCUGAUCAACAUGAAAGGGUACCUGGAGGAGGUGGGCCACCUGACAAAGCUCAACCCUCAGGACGCGUGGCUUCCCAUCACCGAAUCUCGCAAUGGGAAUGCCCACUACGCCGCUUUCCACAAUCUCAAUGCUGGUGUUGGCUUCCAAGCGCUCGUCUUGCCCGUUGCAUUCGCAUUUCUCGGAUGGAGUUGGGGGAUAAUCUGCUUGACAAUUGCUUACUUUUGGCAACUCUACACUUUGUGGAUUCUAGUUAAGCUGCAUGAAGCUGUUCCUGGGAGGCGGUACAACAGAUAUGUAGAGCUUGCACAAGCAGCAUUUGGGGAAAGGUUAGGUGUCUGGCUAGCUCUGUUCCCAACUGUUUAUCUAUCAGCUGGGACUGCAACGGCCUUGAUUCUUAUUGGAGGAGAGACCAUGAAGCUUUUCUUCCAGAUAGUCUGUGGCCCGCUUUGCUCGUCAAAUCCUCUUUCGACAGUCGAGUGGUAUCUAGUAUUCACUUCUUUAUGCAUUGUUCUCUCUCAGCUCCCAAACCUCAAUUCGAUCGCGGGGCUCUCUCUAAUAGGAGCGAUAACAGCCAUCACUUACUCUACGAUGGUGUGGGUCCUCUCUGUUAGCCAACCACGGCCACCUCCCAUAUCUUAUGAGCCGCUUAGAUCCCCUUCCUACUCCGCCUCGGUUUUCUCUGUCCUGAACGCUCUCGGAAUCAUCGCUUUCGCAUUUAGAGGACACAAUCUAGCAAUGGAGAUUCAGGCAACAAUGCCAUCGACUUUUAAACAUCCAGCUCAUGUGCCAAUGUGGAGAGGAGCAAAGGUCGCCUAUUUCUUCAUUGCGAUGUGUGUGUUCCCCAUUGCUAUUGGUGGUUUUUGGGCUUACGGAAACCUUAUGCCUCCAGGUGGGAUUUUGAGUGCCUUGUACCGCUUCCACAACCACGACAUCCCGAGGGGACUCUUGGCCACCACAUUCCUCCUAGUCGUGUUCAAUUGCCUGAGCAGUUUCCAGAUAUACUCGAUGCCUGUCUUUGACAGCUUUGAAGCUGGCUACACCAGCCGGACCAACCGCCCUUGCUCGAUCUGGGUGCGGUCUGGUUUCCGGGUCUUCUAUGGAUUUGUUUCCUUCUUCAUCGGUGUCGCACUUCCAUUCCUGUCUAGCCUGGCUGGCCUGUUGGGAGGCCUCACUCUCCCAGUGACAUUUGCCUACCCUUGUUUCAUGUGGGUCCUGAUCAAGAAGCCUCAAAGGUUCAGCUUCAACUGGUAUUUGAAUUGGACUCUUGGGGUGUUGGGGAUUGCAUUCAGCUUGGCUUUUUCUGUUGGGGGUGUGUGGAGUAUGGUGAACAAUGGCCUUAAGCUCAAAUUCUUUAAGCCUGCCUAGCUAAGGCCGAGAAAAAAAGACAUACCAUUUUCUUCAAUUCUGCCGACUUGUCUUCCAUACAUGCGGCGUGCUUGUAAGCAAUCCAGACUGUCCAAAUCAUGGGCCCCAUCGUGGAUGGACCAUAUUGGGAAAAAUCACAAACCCAUUUUGAUGGCCACCAUUUUCAUGGUGAGGAUUGAAAAUAAUUGGGGUCCGAUGGACAGUCUGGAUUGAUUUACGUUUAUGCUGUAUGUAAGGCACAUGAGUUGCAACCAAUUAGGUCGUCGUCGUCGUCAUUGUAGUCCUAGAAGACAAUAGGAUAAGAAGUAUAUAUACAAUAGGAUUGUUGUUAUGUAAUUCCUACAGUUUUAUAGAACUUCAAACCUCGUGUGUAAUCAUGUCUUGGUUUCUUAAGAUGUUUUUUGAUGUAAUGGAAUGUUUAUUCAAUCAAAUCAGUUAUUAGAACA